GAUUGUGAUCUGUUUGGAAAAAAAAGGUGUGUACCUCAGUGGAGGGAACUGAAAGUAUAUAUAUAUAUAUACAAUACCCACGAGUGCAUUUGUACAACACGCAAUCGUUCAAAGGCCGGAGCGGAAAGUUAAAGCGAAACAAGUAAAGACGGUGACCCUUUGCCAGGAUCACGAAUGGUCAACGACGUGAUGAGCGAGUACGAGCGGAUCAAGCGUUCGUGCUUGAAACGCGGCGAACUCUGGGAGGAUCCGAAUUUCCCGGCGACCCAAGCGUCGGUUUUUUACCAUCAAACGCCGCCCUUUCAGUUCCAAUGGAAGAGACCAAGGGAACUGUGCAGUCGACCGAUUUUCAUAAGCGACACGCCGACACAGUUUGACGUUAUUCCCGGAAAAUUGGGGGACAAAUGGCUGGUGUCCUGUCUCGGAGUGCUCCACCUGAGCAAGGGCCUCUUUUACAGGGUCGUACCGGCCGAUCAGUGCUUCGGCAGCGGCGCGGUCAGCGAGACGAAUUCCCCGAGCAGCGAGUACGCCGGGGUUUUUCGGUUUCGGCUGUGGUGGUGCGGCGCCUGGGUCGAGGUGCUCGUCGACGAUCGGCUGCCCGCCGUGCACGGACGCUUGGCCUUUGUCCAGAGCCGGCAUACCGAACAGUUCUGGCCGGCUCUGCUCGAAAAGGCCUACGCCAAAUUGCACGGUUCGUACGAGGCGCUCAAGUACGGCACCUUACUCGACGGCCUGUCGGACCUCACGGGCGGCAUUACCGAGAGCAUCGCCAUACGCCAAGACCCCACCGGUUGCGGACGGGCCCUCGCCAAACUCCUGGACAUGACGUCCCUCAUCACGUGCACCGUCAACAACAACCAACAGAUAAGGUCGAACACGGAAAAGCUGGCGAACGGCAUACAAAUGGGCAUAAACUACAGGCUGUACGCCAUCGAAAGGGUGGAGACUUUCAGCGGGGAGCAAGUGCAGUUGGUGAAACUUCGCAACCCCCUCGGCCCGGGGGGCGAGUACGUCGGCGCGUGGACGCGCGGGGGCCUCGAGUGGGACGAGGUGCCGCCCACCGAACGCGACAGACUCGCCGUGCGCAACAUGGCUGAGGGAGAGUUUUGGAUCUCGUACUCGGACUUUGUGAAGACGUUCACGCACUUGGAGGUAGUGCAUCUCGACGCGGAAACCUCGCGGGACGAGCCCUCCCUGCACAGCAAGCACACGUGGCAGAUGAAGCUCUACCAGGGCAGCUGGAGGCGGGGCGUCACUGCCGGCGGCUGCAGGAACAACCAAGAAACGUUCCACAUCAAUCCACAGUUGCACCUCAUGCUCACGGAAAUGGAGGAGGUCGUCGUCUCGCUGAACCAGCACUCGAUCAUGGAACCAAAGGUGAUCGGUUUCACGGCUUACGCGCUGCCGAAGAACAGCACGGAAUCGAUAAACAAGCAGUUCUUCAAGAAAAACAAAUCACUCAUCAACUCGCAGUACACGAACAGUAGGCAGGUGAGCCACAGGUGCCAGCUGGACCAGGGAGGUUAUCUUCUCGUACCGACGACUUUCGAGCCGACCCAGGAGACGAGUUUCACCCUGCGCGUUUACAGCAGCAAACCGCUCAAGCUCAAAUUGCUCGAUACGCCGCCGUCGCUUCUAAAGUCGGCAAUAAUCAAGGCACCGCCGCUCGAGGGCAAGGGCUUCUCCCAGUACGAGGCCGUCUUCCUUCAAUUGGCCGACGAGCACCGGACCGUCAACGCCUUCGAGCUUCAGGAACUGCUCGAGGCUUGUCUGCCCAAUGAUUACAUCAAGAGCUGCGCCUGUAUGGACGUUUGCCGGCAAGUCGUGCUUUCAAUGGACAGCACCGGUAGCGGGAGAUUAAAGUUCAACGAUUUUAAAGACCUGAUGUGCAGCCUGAAGUAUUGGCAAGCUGCUUUCAAAAAUCACACGAAAGAGAAAACUGGCAUCCUGAAGGCCGAAAGACUUCGCGAUGCCUUGCUCGAAGUUGGCUUUCAGCUGAGCACGGAGGUUCUCUCGGUUGUGAUUUUGCGGUACAUGAGAAAGGACGGGACUCUGAGAUUUGGUGACUUUGUGUCCGCUAUUAUGCACCUGAACGAUGCUUUUGCGAUAUUUGAAAGUAAGGACCCGCUGCAAAACGGAUCCAUCAAAUUGAGCCUAUCAGAGUGGCUACGAGCAUCCCUCAUGUGCUGAUUCACUGUUGAUCUGUUAAUUGUUGUAUUAUUUUUUUCAACUAUACAAAUUAUGAUUAUUGUUUGUAAAUAAAUCACACCGUAAAUCAUCGUUUGCAUGUAAAACGUACAUUUUAUAGCCAUACUAACGAGUAACGUGUAUAGCUUUAUUCCAUUGUAAUAUAAUCAUCGUUAAAACAUCAGCAUCCCUUAACUUAU